AUGCCUCGCAGUGUGAUUGCCAAUAACCACUUCAUUCUCAAUUCCAAAGCGAAGAGUAUCAUUGAAGGGUAUCAUGAGAGCUCCGACGAGGAAGAUGCCGGAAUGGUUACACGUAGACAAGCUAAACAGGAUUUAAUCUUUACAAAAUCAAAAAAUCAAAAGGAUUCCAAUCAACAAAUUAUUGAUGCGUUUGUGGAGAAACAUCCCGAAAUUGCUGUAGUCAAUAGACAAAAGUUGGUGGAAGAGUCUGCUGCCGGAAAUGAUAUGGAAGACUCUGUACAUGCCAUACAGAAGAAGAUUAAAAAAUUAAAGAAGAAACUUGAACAAAUCGAGAAGGAGGAGGAAAAGCUUGAAAAUGCUGACACCUCACUCGGUCAAGAAAAUGAACAACGUUCCAAAAAGAAGAGAAUUCUGAAAGAAAUUUCACUUCUCAAAGAAAAACUUAUAGUGAAAAAUUCUCAACUCAAGCGAAAAAAGAAUCAAGAAUUUAGAGAGGGCAAGGAAGAGGAGGAAAAAGGCAAACAACUUGUUGUGAAAACUGUUGUGGAUGUGGAACAAAAACCAAGUGAAGAUGAGGAGAAUACUAAUAUUGCAUUGGAUGGAAUGGACAUUAGUGAUGAUCAUGACAUGGAAAAAGAAACUGACAAUAACAGUGAAAGCAACAACGAGGAACCUGAAACCAAUAGCAACAAGAUUAAGGAAUCUAUUGGCACUACAUUAUCUUCUUCCACCACUAGUGUUGUUGAUAAGGAUGUGUCGAAAUUGAAUCAUACCAAGCAGCCCACAGAAAAAUCAUCCAAGCCAACCUCAGAGCCAUCCAAGCAGCAACAAAAUUCAUCCGUUCCAAAAAAGAAAGUCUUGGUUGAGUACGUUCCUCCAUACACACGAAAGAACUAUACUGUUACGAUAGCCAUUCCAGGAUGCAUUCUCGACUCAAACAUGUCAGAUGAACAAAAAACUCUCAUUUGCACCUCUAUUGCAAGGGCAUGCACAUGCUUCAAAGUCAAUGAAAUUAUCAUUUACAAUGAAAAGGGAGAUUUACUUGAUACAUCAAACUUUUUACCGAAUAUUGAACCUCCUGUUGUGACAGAAAUGAAAGAGAAAGCAAAAUAUGGCGAAUCAAAAAAGAAGAAGCAAAAGCAAGACGACUACAUUUCCCUUGCGAUCGAUAAGCAUGUUUACUUGGCAAACAUGCUCUAUUAUUUAGAGACGCCACCUUAUUUGCGAGAAAAGCUCAUUCCAAAACUAAAAAUGUUGAAAACAGCCAUGUCCAUGCCACAAGACAUUCUAGAUAGUGCUCACCAUUUAAACGCCAUGGAAAUGUCACACCCCUACAGAGAAGGUCUCGUGUUGGAAGAGGGUAAUCUUGUCUAUGUUGGCCACUCAAAAUUGGUAAAAUUGAAAAAGGCUGUACCACCUGGUUUACGAGUGACUGUGGAAAUUUAUAACACACUGCAAGGAUAUCAUGAAGGAAGAAUUGUGAGCUCAGAAACUCCUAAACAAAAGAAAGGGCUCUAUUGGGGCUACAAUGUUCGUCUUGCUUCAUGCUUUAGCGAAGUUUUCACACAAUCACCCUACAAGGAAGGCUAUGACAUGAUUGUGACACAUGCCGAGUUUGGUAAAAGCAUUGAUUCUAAGGACUAUGACAUGCCAAGUUUCAAGCACCUGUUAAUUGUUUUGGGAGGAAUGCACAUCAUUUCUGAUGCUAUUCAAAACGACGUGAAUAUUGUCAAAAACUACAACUCUAGAAAUUUAUUUGAUCAAAUUAUUAACCUUUGUCCAAACAAUGGCUUACGAUCUAUGAGAAUUGAGGACGUGUUGACUCUUGGAUUGGGAGCUCUUCGAAAGAAAAUUGAUUUUAAUCUACCACCAGCUGAAGUUCCUCAAAAAGAUUUAUCCAACUUCCUCGUUUCGAAAUGA